AUCUUGGCAUGUUAUUGAAGAUUUCAUCUCUCUCCUUAAUUCUUUGCCACCUCCAUUACUGAUACACCAAGAGAUUGAGCAGGCCUAAAAAUCUUGAAUAUCUAUCUCUCUCUCUCUCUCUCUCUCUCUAUAUGAUGUUUCCUUUACACCAAAGACAUGAGCUGGUGUUUCAGAUCCCCUCUAAUAUUUCAAGCCAACAACAGAAAAUUCAAGAAGAUCUGAUCAAGGGACAAGCUUCACUGGAGGGGGAGGGCAGUAGUCCUACCAGAAGCGCUGGUAAAAGGGGGCGAAAACUAUUAAUUGGUAUUGGAGAUGAUCAUGAUAACAAGCAGAAAAGAAUUGUGCGUAAAGAGAUUGAAAAGCAAAGAAGGAAAGAAAUGACUGACCUUUAUGCGUCGCUUCGUUCACAACUCCCUAUUGAGUAUAUCAAGGGAAAGCGUUCAAUAUCAGAUCACAUGCAUGGAGCUGUGAAUUAUAUAAAGCUGUUGCAGAAAAAGAUCAAUGAACUGAGUAUCACGCGAGAUAAGCUCAAGAUGUUGGAAAAUUCAAUUGGUGUUGGUUCUGCAAGUGGAAGCUCAAAUAAUUGUUUGCCUAACAGUGUCAUGGUUAGCCCAUGCUUGGGUGGUCUGGAGAUUUUGAUCAGUUGUGGCUCAAGUGAGGAUGUGUUCCCCCUAUCAAAAGUGCUUCAACUACUGCUUCUUGAAGAAGGUCUUACUGUCAUUAGUUGUGUUUCCACUAAAGCAAAUGAAAGACUGCUCCACACAAUUCAGUCUGAGGUCAGCGAUCCGACGUGCAUUGAUCUAUCUGUGCUGCAGCAAAAACUGACUGAUUUGAUUAGCGGAAGUUAAAAUUCUAGGCAACAACGUAUCUGUCCUUUACCAAUGAGGGUUUGAGCCCCGUAGUGGGCAAUUUAUGAAAUGUUUGCAUGAAUGCUUGCCUAACCAAAAAAAAUAAAAAAAUAAAAAAAUAAAAAUGUACCUGUCUUUUGGGGACUACUCUUAGUACUAUCAUAUAUAUAAUCUGAUCCAAUUAAUGCAUUUGAAUGAAUUUUGAGCCUAUGAAU